UUCGGCGCGGCGGCGCGCGCGUUUCCCCCGCGGCCUCGCGGUGCUGGCGGCCCUGCCAAGUCAGUUUGAAAAGAUCAGACAAAGGCAGCAGGAAGCCCCUGGGCUCGGCAAGGCGUGCGAGCGGAGCGCCAAGGCGAGGCGAGACCUUCUCUCUCUUUGAGCGCCGCGCUCGGAACACACACACUCCGACCGACGUGCCCCGCUCUUCUCUGUCUCUUGUUCGGAUUUUUACACGCAUUUUUUGAAAAUGUACGACCGCCUGGAUCCCCGGCAGGAAGCAGAAGGCUCUUCGGAACACACAUCGGGUUGCGCCGCCGUGUGAGCGAGCGCUCCGCUCUUCCCUCCUCCUUCGGUUGAGGAUAAAGAACGAUAGCCUGCCGUACCAGCGACCGCGGUUGGGUUGACCGAGAUUUUUCUUGUAUGUUAGGCUAAAAUGGAGACGCACAUCUCGUGCCUCUUCCCAGAGAUUCUAGCGAUGAUUUUCAGUUACUUGGACGUGAGGGACAAAGGCAGGGUGGCCCAAGUGUGCACGGCGUGGAGGGACGCGUCCUACCACAAGUCUGUGUGGCGGGGGGUGGAGGCGAAGCUGCAUCUGCGGCGGGCCAACCCGUCCCUCUUCCCCAGCCUCCAGGCCCGGGGCAUCCGGAGGGUGCAGAUCCUCAGCUUGAGGCGCAGCCUCAGCUACGUGAUCCAGGGGAUGCCGAACAUCGAGAGCCUCAACCUCAGCGGCUGCUACAACCUGACCGACAAUGGCCUCGGACACGCGUUCGUGCAAGAGAUCCCGUCUCUGCGGGUGCUCAACCUGAGCCUCUGCAAGCAGAUCACGGACUCCAGCCUGGGCAGAAUCGCGCAAUAUCUGAAGAACCUGGAGGUGCUGGAGCUCGGCGGCUGCAGCAACAUCACCAACACGGGUCUGCUGCUCAUCGCCUGGGGUCUGCACAGACUCAAGAGCCUCAACCUGCGCAGCUGCAGACAUGUGUCAGACGUCGGGAUCGGACACCUGGCCGGGAUGACCCGCAGCGCCGCCGAGGGCUGCCUCAGCCUCGAGUACCUGACUCUGCAGGACUGUCAGAAGUUGACGGACCUGUCCCUCAAGCACAUCUCCAAAGGCCUGACCAAGCUCAAAGUUCUCAACUUGAGCUUCUGCGGGGGGAUCUCGGAUGCCGGCAUGAUUCACCUGUCCCACAUGACGAGCCUGUGGAGCCUGAACCUGCGCUCGUGUGACAACAUAAGCGACACGGGCAUUAUGCACCUGGCCAUGGGGACCCUGCGGCUCCUGGGGCUGGACGUGUCCUUCUGCGACAAGAUCGGCGACCAGAGCCUGGCGUACAUCGCCCAAGGCCUUUACCAGCUCAAGUCGCUGUCGCUGUGCUCGUGCCACAUCAGCGACGACGGCAUAAACCGGAUGGUGCGGCAGAUGCACGAGCUAAGGACCCUGAACAUCGGCCAGUGCGUGCGGAUUACAGACAAAGGACUGGAGCUCAUCGCUGACCACCUCACGCAGCUCACCGGGAUCGACCUCUAUGGAUGUACAAAAAUCACGAAGAGGGGGCUAGAGAGGAUAACGCAGCUCCCCUGCCUUAAAGUUUUAAACCUUGGACUGUGGCAGAUGACGGAAAGUGAAAAAGUGAGGUGAAACUUGUAAGACUUGGGGCGGGCGACGGUAGGGGAGGGGGGAGGGGCGAGUGGGCGGGGGAAUUCUUUAUUCAAAAACCCUGUUGUUCAAAAUUAAGUAUUUUUAAUGUAUUAAAACUGCAUAACUGUGACUUUAAAAUUCCGCCUAGUAGAUUUACAAAAAAAAAAAAAAGAUCAGUAUCAUUAACUAUUCCUGCUGUGGUACAGACGUUGUUUCAAACUUUUCCACUUUGCAGAAGUCACAAUAUUAAAGUUAUUUUCCUCCUCCCCCGAGUAUCACGUCUAAAACAUUUUGGCUACCUCGGUUAUUUACUGCAAACCUUGUAUUCUUUAAAAGAAGAAGAGAGAAAAAAAAAAAAAAA